AUGCUGCUACAAAACAGUUUUGCUAUAGUGCAAAGUGCAGAUGCAGCCAAAAAACAUUCCAAAGUCGAUGAUGGAAGGCGAAACUCCAAGCUUUUUGCCCAGCAACAUAAAAUGCCCACAAGAACAGUUCUCAUCAAAAGGAGUACAAAAGAAGAUCUAAUAAUGGCCAAGAGAAUGAAAGCUUUAGGGUUGCCUUAUCCAAUGACUUCCAAUUUUCACACCACCAAUGAUGCUCGUCCAAAUACAGCCUUUGCUACUGUUCAAUAUAAUAGGCACAAUUUUAGAGCCAAAACAACCAUGAACGGUUGGGCCCCAAGUACGUCAGCUGUUCAGGCCAGCUAUGCCAAUCUCUGGAUUACUAAUGGCCCUAUACAUGACAUCAGUGUUCUUCAAGAUGGUUGGGGAGCAGAUGGCUAUAAAUUCACAGGCUGCUUUAAUUAUCUUUGUCCAGGAUUCGUACAAGUUCACCGUCAAAUAACCCUUGGUCUUGAUGGAGAAUGGUGGCUCAAGAUUUUCAACCAAUUCGUCGGUUAUUGGCCACAAAAAGUGUUCGUUUUGUACGGUGGUGCCAAUAACGUUGUGUGGGGAGGUCAGGUUUUCAGCCCUGCAAAUGAGCCAAGACCGGCAGUGGGGAGUCGCCAUUUCCCUAAAGAUGGUCUUCAAAACAAAGCUGCCUACUUAUGCCUGAUUGUUACGAGGCUAAGCUUGUUGAUGGUGCUGUCCAGGGUAUCAAAUAGCGUACGUGGUCACGUUUUCGGUCGCGUCGCGUUUAUUGCGGUUGCUGACAAAACGGAUGCCAUCACGUUCACUGCGGGUGUGCGGUCGUGA